AUGCUUGAUAUCUUUGAUUUUAUUGUUGAGAAAGGAGGUGAUCCUCAAAAGAUUAAGGAUUCGCAGCGAAAGAGAUUCGCUCCUGAAGAAGCGGUUGAUGAGGUUAUAGCUCUCUAUGAAGACCACCGUACAACCCAGUAUGCGGCUACUCAGAUCAAUACCAAGAUCAACGAGAUUCAAAAGCAGAUAGGCGUCAAACGUAAAGCGAGAGAAAAUGCGGAUGAGCUAAUGAAGCAGAAGUUAAAGCUUGAAACAGAUAAGAAAGAAGCUCUAGAGAAUGCUGCAGGGAAAGAACUCAUUCUAAAGAAAAAAAUAAGUACAAUCGGAAACUUGGUGCAUAAUAGCGUACCUGUUAAUAAUGAUGAAGACUUCAAUAUAAUACAAAAGAUCUGGGCCCCCGAAGGAAUAGAUGCUGUGAAGCGCGACGUGCUAUCUCAUCACGAGGUCCUUACAAGACUGGAUGGAUACGACCCAGAGCGAGGAGUUAAAGUUGUCGGUCAUCGAGGCUAUUUCCUUAAAAAAUGGGGGGUCUUUUUAAAUCAAGCACUCAUCAAUUACAGUCUUGAAUUUCUAGACUCCAAGGACUAUAUUCCCCUCCAGACACCACAAUUCAUGUCCAAAGAUUAUAUGGCUAAAACAGCUCAGCUAGAGCAGUUUGAUGAGGAGCUAUAUAAGGUAUCCGAUGGAGACCCAAAAAACGAUAAAUAUCUUAUUGCUACUAGCGAGCAGCCAAUAUCAGCCUUUCAUGCCGAUGAGUGGCUUGUUGGGAAAGAUCUACCCAUCAGAUACGCCGGGUUUAGUUCCUGCUACCGAAGAGAAGCUGGCUCACAUGGCCGAGACGCAUGGGGAAUUUUUCGAGUGCAUCAGUUCGAAAAAAUUGAACAAUUCGUUCUCACAGAUCCAGAAAAGUCCUGGGAUACAUUUGAUGACAUGAUUUCGAUCUCAGAAGAGUUCUAUCAGAGCCUUGGUGUUCCAUAUCGAGUUGUCUCAAUCGUCUCUGGGGCUCUUAACAAUGCAGCAGCAAAGAAAUACGAUCUAGAGGCAUGGUUUCCAUUUCAGGGAGAAUAUAAAGAACUGGUUUCCUGCUCUAACUGCACUGAUUAUCAAUCUCGUGCCUUGGAGAUUCGAUUUGGUACAAAGUUACAGUCUGAGAUUAGAAAAAAGUAUGUCCACGCCUUAAACUCAACUUUAUGUGCAACUGAAAGGGCAAUGUGUUGCUUACUCGAGAAUUUUCAAACUGAAGAGGGCUUCAAUGUUCCAGAACCUCUACGAAAGUAUUUACCGGGUGCUGUUGAUUUUAUUCCAUUUACAAAAGAUUUACCCAAAGAUUCAACAUCCCAAAAGGUAAAAGUAAAGACUGAAAAGUCUUGUAAUUCUAGCACUUCACCGAACACCCCUGAAACUGCUCCGCCUGCUAAAUAG